GUUUAUUUAUCGUAGUAAGGAAAUGGUGAGUAUUAUACGGAGCGUAAUAUUCCUCCCUUCUUUUAAUGGCACGGUGAAACUUCAAGUGGGACAAGGAAAUUCACAGCAACUACUUAGGGGCACACUGUGUAAUUGACGUAGAAAACGGUGGCAAGCAUCUUCUCCAUUUAUAUUAUUUAUCAUUUAUAAAUAUUAUUUAUAUGACACUCUUGGGUUCUUUUCUUCUUAUCAAUCAGCGUUUUCCAGAACACACUAGGAUUGCGUCAAAAAAAAAAAAAAGAACACACUAGGAUCAAUCUUCUCAUCCAUUCAAGUCAAAGCAAAAAAGUUGAAUGAAAAAUACUCCGAAUAAAUUAACAAAAUCAUAGAAAAGCUGCAAUCUUCUAAAGUUCGUGUUCAGUGAAGUUACUUCAUGAAUGGUCCAGAUGAAAUAAUAUAAAGUAUCUACUUUUUUCCUCAUCUGAACCGCGUCUAUCCAGUAAGUUCACAUUGGAGAUGCACAAAUUCACUAUGUGACUAUGUCCUUGUUGCAAUUUGAUAUUUUUGGGCAUACAACUUAUACAGAUAAUACACUCCCAGCUGUGAUAAGUAGAAGUCAAAGUCAACGUGUUUUAAGUCAAAGCUCCAGAUUUUGAUUUAAGAAAAAGCAAACAAAGAAUUCAAAGUCAACUCCAAAUGCAAACCUCCGAGGUACCUCAAUCAUCAGCCAGCCUUCUCCAGAAGUUGUACCAUAAACAACCUAAACAGCUUGUUGAUGGGCAAUAUUACACCACUUUCCAAGGAGAAAAAAAUGUGUUCCUGGCCGACAAUGAGCAAUUCUUCACUUUGGACUCAUCAACUGCUUCCGACUGUGCGGCCUACGAUUCACCCACCACCGUUUCCUCAAACCGGAGUGCGUUUUCUCCUCAUUGCUCACAUUCUUAUGUCUCGGACUGUAAUACUUCUGGUUCCCCCUUAAGCGGUUCUUCUGGAGUUGUUGAUGACGGCAAUGAAAUGAGGCACGUGUUGCGUGAAUUGGAGAACAAGUUGCUGGGUCCCGACUCAGAAGUGGAUGAUGACACCGGCAGUUGUUCCUUCACGUACUUGCCAGAAUCCAAGCAGGCCAUGAGCGAUGUGGUCUCGAAGCCUUUUUCUUCUUCCUUGACAAGAUGGACCAAGAUUGUGGAGAUAGCCCCGAAUUUGGAAACAAAGGAGCUUCUCACGGCCUGUGCAGAGGCUGUUUCAGAUGCCGACGUGUCUACAGCAGAACUUCUAAUGGGUGUGCUGGAGAAAAGAGUUUCGGUUUCAGGGGAACCCAUCCAGAGGCUAAGCGCUUACAUGCUUGAAGGCCUCAGGGCACGGCUACUCUCUUCUGGAAGCACAAUCUAUAAGAAGUUGAACUGCAAUGAACCAACCGGGUCGGAGCUGAUGUCAUACAUGCAAGUCAUGUACCACAUAUGCCCUUAUUACAAGUUCGCCUACGUGUCGGCCAAUGUCGUGAUCCAGGAGGCAGUUGCCAAUGAGAACCGGAUCCAUGUCAUCGACUUCCAGAUCGCCCAAGGGAGUCAAUGGAUGUUCCUCAUCAAGGCUCUCUCGCAACGUCCCGGUGGGCCUCCUUUUAUCCGUGUGACGGGCGUCGAUGACCCUCAAUCCAUCCAAGCCCGAGGCGGAGGACUCAGGCUCGUCGGCGAGAGGUUAGCGAAAUUUGCCGAGUCCUACGGGGUGCCCUUCGAGUUCCAUGCGGCAGCCAUUUCCGGCAGUGAGGUUGAGCUGGAGAACCUCCACGUGGUCCCAGGAGAAGUCCUAACCGUUAACUUCCCCUACAGUUUACACCACAUGCCGGACGAGAGUGUGACCACCAUGAACCACAGAGACAGGCUGUUGAGACUGGUUAAGAGCUUGUCCCCGAGAGUCGUUACUCUUGUUGAACAGGAAGCCAACACCAAUUCCGCUCCAUUCCUUCUGAGGUUCCGGGAGACUUUGGAUUACUAUGCAGCAAUGUUUGAGUCUAUCGACGCGGCCCGCCCGCGGGAUGACAAGCAGCGGAUCAGCGCGGAGGAGCACUGUGUUGCGCGGGAUGUUGUCAACUUGGUGGCUUGCGAGGGGGGUGAUAGGGUGGAAAGGCACGAAGUCUUUGGGAAAUGGAGGAUGAGGUUGAUGAUGGCCGGGUUCAGUCCUUGCCCGUUAAGUGCUUCGGUUGGGCAGGCCAUGAGGCAAGUGUUGAGCGAAUACAGCCCUAAUUAUUGGCUUCAAGAAAGCAAUGGUGCGUUGUGUCUUGGAUGGAAGGGUCGGGCUUUGGCAACUUCCUCAGCAUGGAGAUGAUUAAAAAAAGCAAGUUUUCAUUUAGUCUGUAAAAUUUGUGUACUAAUUUCUUCUAGAGUUUAUGAUGAUGGUUCAGACAGUCCUCUAAACCCAUCCAUCCCUGCAAGGUCGUGGAAAUGGAAAUGGAAAUGGAACUGUUUUGGUUCGAAGAGAAUGUGCACACCCUUGCCUCUGGUGUGUUGUUUUCUGUGUAUACUUCUUGCAGCUAUUUUAACCUUAUGUUUCGCAGAUACAAUUGUGUCACGUUUUUGUGUGGGUCUCCCUGCCCGGAACUCUUAACCCCGGAACUCUUAACCAUAGUCUCCACCCAUGUUUGUGUUUUUUUUUUGUGAAUCUGUGUGCAAAUUUUGCACAAACAAAAUAUUGCCUAUGAACUAAACUCACAGACAAAAAAAAUUCACAAACAUGGGUGAAUAUAAAAGUGGGUAUAAGAGUGGGUACAAACAUCAUUUUUGAUUUGUAAAUGCUGACACAUUUACAAAUGGAUUGCUUGA